AACAGGAAUCGAGCUGAGAAGAGAAACUGCUAGUAAACACCUUUAUUGGGAGGGGGGGUCAAGUUGCAAAAUUUAAUUAUGGUUCAGCUGCCACAUACUUCCUGUCAUCUGUUUUAUGUUACUUGAGAAACAGAAAAACCUGCUUUCAUUUGAGAACCGUUUACAUAACUGCAUAUACAAAACCCAAGACUGGGUUUAGAAGCAUUUGGAUAUAUCUCCAUAGGAAAUGAGGAUGCUACAUUCAGAACUUGCAGUUUGCAUUCCUACAGGGUUUCCUGAACUGAAAAAUGAUACAUUCUUGCGGGCAGCCCGUGGAGAAGAGACAAAACACGCUCCUGUUUGGUGCAUGAGACAGGCAGGAAGAUACUUACCAGAAUUCCGUGAGACUCGAGCAGCUCAGGAUUUCUUUGCGACCUGUCGAUCACCAGAGACAUGCUGUGAACUCACGCUGCAACCUCUACGACGCUUUCCUUUUGAUGCUGCCAUCAUCUUCUCUGACAUCUUGGUGGUGCCUCAGGCACUGGGCAUGGAAGUGGUGAUGGUACCAGGAAAAGGCCCCACAUUUCCAGAACCACUAAAGGAAGUAGAGGACCUGCUGAAGCUUCGUCAAAAGGUUGAUGUGGCAACAGAACUGGGCUAUGUCUUCCAGGCUAUCACACUGACACGGCAGAGAUUGGAGGGGAAGGUGCCUCUGAUCGGCUUCUCUGGUGCCCCAUGGACUUUGAUGUCCUAUAUGAUUGAAGGUGGUGGCUCCAACACAAUGGCCAAAGCGAAGGCUUGGCUCUACCGGCAUCCUGAGGCCAGCUGUCGUCUGCUCACUUUAUUGACUGACGUUAUUGUGGAAUAUCUGGUGAGACAGGUGGCUGCAGGUGCUCAGGCUCUGCAGAUUUUUGACUCCCACGCAGGACAUCUGGGGCCAGAGCAGUUUGCAGAGUUUGCCCUCCCAUUCAUUCGGUCUAUUGCCAAGGGUGUGAAGAAUAAGCUACAAGAAAAUGCUCUGCCUGUGGUGCCAAUGAUCAUCUUUGCUAAGGAUGCCCACUAUGCAUUGGAGGAUUUGGCACAAUCUGGGUAUGAUGUGGUUAGCCUGGACUGGACCAUGUCUCCCCAAGAGGCUCGCCAGCGGACAGGAAGAAAUGUUACCUUACAAGGGAAUUUAGAUCCAUGUGCUCUCUAUGCAUCCAAGGAGAAGAUUGGGGAGCUGGUAAAAAAGAUGUUGGAAGACUUUGGCUCCCAGCGUUACAUUGCCAAUUUGGGCCACGGCCUCUAUCCUGACAUCGAUCCAGAACACGUAGGGGCUUUUGUGGAUGCUGUGCACAUGCAUUCUCGCAAUUUGAACAAAUGUUCUUAGAGAUUGGGAGAAAACAGUCCUUAAGCAAAAAAAAAAAAGAAAAGAAAAAGAAGUGGAUGAUCUGCUAAGCAAAUGUAACCGUUUUUGAGAGGUAACAUGCUGGAAAGGAUCUCAGUGUAAUUAGCUACAAAGACUGCUGCAGGAACUGGCAAAAGGAACCAGAUUUUUCACACAUAUGUUAUAUUCUUCUCAAUCUCUACCAUAGAAAAUGGACUCAUUAUGACACAUACAUUGCCCCAGCUGUGUACUUUUUAUCCCCAAAUUGCUCCUACUGGUUACAACACUAAUCCGAGCACCUCUUGACAAUCAGUGAACACCUUUUAUUAUAAUUGAACUUCAUCUGCCCUUCCACACAGAAUUUGGCAGUCUUAUCUUGCUUCCUACCCAUCCGUUUUUUGCAGAAAUACUUUUUUAUUAUUUUGGUUGCUUUUAAUCUGCAGAAGUGCCACAAGGGUGGUGCUUUUAAUGUGGGGAGAAGUUCAAAACAUCUGAGGGGGUGGAGAUAUGCCUCAUGCAUAUGCCUGAAUGGUCUGUUUUUUGCAGGUUAAGUAUCCUGUGUCUGAGGAAAGGAUACUCGGUCCCCUUUUAGCUUACAAUGCAAAUUACCUUGAUUAUACCAGAAAAGGAAGAAAUAUAUCCUCCCCUUCCAGUUGCAGAAUAGGGAACUGUAACCUCUCCAUGAUUCUAUCUCAGUAGCAGCACAGAUUGUCUUUGAAUGGCUUUCCUUUUCAUGAUUCCCGACUGGCAGCAUGAUACCAAAAGGGCUGGAGUGAUACGAUGAAUGGCUUCCUUUUUUUUUAUUAUUAAACAUCAGAUCAAGAAGUUGUACAUACAAAAUAAAGAGACAGAAGAAUGAU